CGGCGGCCCCGGGCGGGGCGCGAGGCGCGGAGGGCAGCGCGUGCCGCGGGCGGGGCGGGGGCGCUGAGAACGUUUGCGAAGCAACCGCAGGAAACAAACGGACGGCGACAGAGGGAGGCGGCUGAGCUCACAAUCCCCGACAAUCCCCCUCCCGCCGGGGCCCGCCUGCGCCAUGGAGGGGGGGGCGCAGGAGGAGCCCCCCCGGCAACCGCACCCCCCAGCCGGGAAGGAGGCACCCCGCUUGGAGCACCUCCUCCUGCACCCCCUCACCAGGCAGGGGGGCAGGGAGCCGCACCUCCUGCUCCUGCCCCCCAGGCCGGGGCCCCUCCCUCAGCUCCUGUCCCCCCUCCCCUGGCAGGGCGCCCGCUGCAAGGAGCUGCACCCCCUGAAUGGGCACAGUUCCCCCAGCAAGCAGCUGCCGCCCCCCAUAGCUGCGCUGGGACCUGGGGAGCAGGAGGGGGGGAGUGAGCCCCCCCGGGCCCUGCAGGGGAAAGCAGAGGAGCAGGAGCAAGAGGGCCAGCUGGGGUGCAGCGGCUGCAGCAAGAGAAAGAGGGGCGAGCUCAAGGCCGCUGCAGCCCGACGAGCAGGGAAAGAGGGGACCCAGCUCGCGGCCAGCGGCACUGUCAGGAGAGGAGGGGAUCAAAAAGGGGGGGACGCAGAGGAGAGCCAGAAAGAGGUGAUGGUGAAAGAGACUGGGGGGGACAGCGUGGCCUCGGGGACUGGGAAAGAAGGAGCAAUCAAGGCAGAGCAGGCAGAGGCAGCCAGUGAGGACUGCAAGGGGAGGGCAGAAGCUGUGUCGUCCAAGCCAGCUGGAUCAUGCAGCGGCCCGGCUCACGCCAGCAAAGAUGCCCCUGCGGCUCAGCCGCCUGGUGGGUUCGGAGCCCAGCAUUCUCAAGACCUGAAGCUCCCAUUGACACUCCAUCCAGUACCCUCUGGGACCAGGAUCCAGUUUCAGGGACCUCCGCCUUCUGAGCUGAUCCGAGUGACUAAAGUGCCCCUGGCCCAAGUGCCCCUUAAAAUGCAAUCCUUACUGGAGCCUUCAGUCAAAAUUGAAACUAAGGAUGUGCCCCUCACAGUGCUGCCCUCUGAUGCAGGGAUACCAGAUACCCCAUUUAGCAAAGACAGAAAUGGCCAUGUAAAACGUCCAAUGAAUGCAUUUAUGGUGUGGGCAAGAAUUCACCGGCCGGCACUAGCCAAAGCUAACCCAGCUGCCAAUAAUGCAGAAAUCAGUGUCCAGCUUGGAUUAGAGUGGAACAAACUCACUGAAGAGCAAAAGAAGCCCUAUUAUGAUGAAGCUCAAAAGAUUAAAGAAAAGCACAGAGAGGAAUUUCCUGGCUGGGUUUAUCAACCACGACCUGGCAAAAGAAAGCGCUUCCCAUUGACUGUCACCACUGUAUUUUCCGGCACCUCUCAGAACAUCAUCACUACAAACCCAACCACAAUUUAUCCUUUCCGAUCACCCACUUACUCCGUUGUCAUUCCCAAUGUACAGAACAGUAUUGGACAUCCUGUCUGUGAAGCCCCUUCUACUAUCCAGCUGCCAGCUCCUUCCAUUCAACAUCCAGGUCCAAUUACACUUUUCCAGCCGAGUGUUGGAAGCACCACACCAGUGGCUGUCCCAGCUCCAAAUCUGCCCCUUCACCCUGUAAUUCCGCCACAGCGCUUUGCAGGACCUGCACAGACAGAAGCUCAUCAUGUACCUUCCGGAUCAAGUUGUUCUGUAAAGAGACCUAUCCCAGUUUGCAUUGAGAGCUCCAGCAGGAACCCAAGUAAUGCCAGCACCACUCACUCCAGAUUUCCUGUCUCUAAUAGUCAACCCCCUAAGGAGUACUCGGGUGUUUCUACUUGUCCUAGAAGUGCACCAAUUCCCCAGGCUCCCCCCAUUCCUCACUCACAUCUCUAUCAACCUCCUCCCAUUGGUCAUCCAGCCACUCUCUUUGGAGCUCCUCCUCGAUUUUCGUUUCAUCACCCUUACUUCUUACCUGGACCCCACUACUUCCCAUCAAGCACGUGCCCGUACAGCCGCCCUCCAUUUGGCUAUGGGAAUUUCCCCAGCUCAAUGCCCGAAUGUCUUGGCUUUUACGAAGACCAGUACCAAAAGCACGAGGCUAUGUUUUCUGCUCUGAACAGAGACUAUCCUUUCAGGGAGUACCCAGAUGAGCGCACACAGAGUGAAGAUUCCCGCAGCUGUGAGAGCCUAGAGGGAGUGUCUUAUUACAACAGCCACAGCCAUAGCGAGGAGGAAUAUUUAACCCCCAUGCCACAGCUGGAUAUUGGAGCCUUGGAGAACGUUUUCACAGCAACCCCGUCCACACCCUCCAGCAUCCAGCAAGUCAAUGUGACUGACAGCGAUGAGGAGGAGGAGGGGAAAGUGUUAAGAGAUUUGUAAUUUUUAAACCAAAUGAUAACAAUGCACAGGAGUCUUUUAAAAUAUUAAAUAAACAUUUCAGUCCUAUAA